AUGGCUGCAUCACCGCUCAUCGCACCCCCUACUGACGCUUUACAACAGUCCCGCCCGGGUUCGACCUCCUCUCCCUUCAAGCGACAGCCGCAACAACCAAGCCAGCCUCCCUCAUCAACAGCCCCCUCCUCGUCCAACGCCAACGACACACCCCAGCUCGGAAGUCGCCCUCCCAACAUCACCAUCGCUAAUGUCACCUCAGCGCCCUUCUCCAGCCGUCCGGCCAUCACCCCCGACCCGGUCGAGCAGAUGAACGAGGCCGAAAAGCGCAAAUACAUCAAGGGCAAGAAGCUCGGCGAGGGUACCUAUGCGAACGUGUACCUUGGCCACUCGCGGGACGACCCGAACUUCAAAGUAGCCAUCAAGAAGAUCAAGGUUCAAGCCCAAUACAAAGACGGGAUGGCGCCGGACGCGGUGCGCGAGCUCAAAUACCUGCGCGAACUCCGCGGCCACCCCAACAUCAUCGGGCUCAUUUCCGUCUUCAGCAGCAAGGACCAGAACCUGAAUCUCGUGCUGGAGUACCUGCCACUGGGCGAUCUGGAGAUGCUGAUCCGUGAUGUCGAACGUGUGCGCUACGGCGCGGCGGAUAUCAAGGCGUGGAUGGGCAUGCUCACGCGCGCGGUGUGGUGGUGCCACGAGAAUUUCAUCCUGCACCGCGAUAUCAAGCCGAAUAACUUACUCAUCGCCGCCGACGGCGAGGUCAAGCUGGCCGACUUCGGUCUGGCGCGGUCCUUCGCCGAUCCCGGCCGCCGCAUGACCGCUAACGUCAUUACCCGCUGGUACAGGCCUCCCGAACUCCUCUUCGGCGCGCGCCACUACGGCGGCGCCGUAGAUAUCUGGUCUGUCGGCAUGGUCUUCGCCGAGCUGAUUAUCCGCUCGCCCUUCCUGCCCGGCAACACGGAGAUGGAGCAGAUCACGCUGAUCUGCAAGCACAUCGGUACGCCGACGGAAGAAAACUGGCCCGGUGUGUCCAAGCUGCCGGAGUGGUGGGAUCCGAUGGAGGAGCCGAUCCCUGUGUGGGGGAAGGACGCUUACAUGGCGCGGUUUGGCGCCGUCGGCUCAGAGGGUGUUGAUCUGCUGUGGCGUACGCUGCAGCUGGAUCCGAAGAAGAGGAUUACCGCGAGGGAGAUGCUCGAGCAUCGCUGGUGGCGGACUGAUCCGAAACCGACGCGCAAGGAGGACCUGCCCAAGAAGUCGGGCGGUGAGGAUAAGAUGGGGGCUGAUUUGAAGAGAAGGCCCGGGAUGGUGGAGGAUGAGAACGGGCCUAGGGGGUCGAAGGUGGCGAGAAAGCUUGAUUUCGGGCAGCUCAAGUAA